GAUCUGAUCACAUGCCAGAUGUCUAACAAACGAGUUCAGGCAUCCAAAGACCUACCUGUCAGACACUUCAAGGGGUACAAGAUUGUGAUUGUGGGGUCAGUCAUUGCACUUUCGGCUAUUUCCGGGGACCCACGGGCUACGAAGAAACUGUAACUUGCAACGUGAACCCCCUGUUUAUUGGGGGGGAAGAAUCUACCUGUCGCUACAAAGAUGAAGAUUCGGGUGAGCUCUGGUUCUGUGCUCAGCCCCGUACCCUACCCUGCAACUCACUGGUAGGACAUUCAGCUGGCCAUUACUGGAAUGUGACCACACUGCACGAAGAUGCUCUGAUGGCGGGGAAUGUGACGGACAAGGCCCUUCCUCGAGGCAUUCCUGCAAUCUGGGUGGACAAGGAGGGUGACAAGAGUCUGGUUUCAUCCCCCCAGCAACCUUGCCACCCUGGGAUCCCAGUCCCAAAGCCCUCUGGCUUCUAUCACCAAAACAUAUGGCAUUCACUGGCCUGCUCGGGCCACUCCUUCCCCACUGAAGACAGCAUCCUGGGCUGCCUGGCCGGCCGCAUCAUCCACAUGAUGGGAGACUCCACACUUCGGCAGUGGUGGGAGUAUCUGUGUGGCGCUGUGUCCUCCCUCAAGCCCGUGGAUCUGCACGUCACCUAUCAGGUGGGGCCCCUUAUGGCCGUGGACACCACCCGGGGCAUCGUGCUGCACUGGCGGGCCCACAGCUGGCCCCUGCGCUCCCUCCGCACACCAGUGGCCUCCCUGCACUCUGUGGCCCGCGAGCUGGGGGGCCUGGCAGGGGGUCCCCACACCGUGGUGGUGCUGGGUCUGGGAGCUCACUUCACCACCUUCCCUCCGUCCAUCUUCAUGCGACGACUGGCAGGCAUCCGGGCAGCUGUGACGGCCCUGCUGGCCCGGGAGCCCCGCACGCUUGUGGUCAUCAAACUGGCCAACACCGGCUACAAGUCCGUGUACGGCAGCGACUGGCUCACCCUGCAGGUGAACCGGCUGCUCCGAGCUGCCUUUGCUGGCCUCCGGGUGGCCUUUGUGGAUGCCUGGGAAAUGACCUCCAGCCUGGCCCUGCCGGACAGCAUCCACCCAGGGAGACUCAUUGUGCGCAAUGAGGUGGACUUGCUCCUCUCCUUCAUCUGCCCCAGCUGAGCGCUUCUGAGGGUUCCGCUGCUGUGCUGACCGAGGGCCUAAGGCCUAGGACACAACUGUGAAGAGACUCACAGCCCUAACAGGACAUGAGAAAAGGACAGGUGCCACAGUACAGUCUCCCUCCUAAUCUUACCCCUCCUCCACUCAAAACCAAAGGGUUUUUUUUUUUUUUUUUUUUUUUUUUGUGACAGAGUUAGACAGUAAGAGACAGAGAGAAAGGUCUUCCUUCCGUUGGCUCACCCCCCCCAAAAGGCCACAACAGGCAGAGCUACACUGAUCUGAAGCCAGGAGCCUGGUGCUUCCUCCUGGUCUCCCAUGCAAAGAAGUGCAGGGCCCAAGCACCUGGGCCAUCCUCCACUGCCAUUCCAGGCCACAGCAGAGAGCUGGACUGAAAGAGGAGCAACCGGAACUAGAACCUGGCGCCCAUAUGGGAUGCCGGCACUGCAGGUGGAGGAUUAACCAAAUGAACCAUGGUGCCGGCCCCUAAAGUGCCUAUUUUAAAACAAACGAGACAGUGCCAUCACAGCUUGCUCACAAGCCAACAGCUUCCAUGGUAUUUAGUGUGAAGUCCAAGUCUCUUACGUCAACCGGGACCUGCACGCAGCACUGCCUAAUUCUGUGGCCUGUUUACCUGCAUGCUUCCUGGGACCUUUGCAGACCAACCCUACUGGAUUUCUCAACACUAAAGAUGUCUCAGGGCCUUGCUCCUGCUAUUCCUGUGCCUAGAAUCCCUUCUCCCAGAUCCUCGAAAGGCUGACUGGCUUCCCAUUCAGUUUUCUGACCAAAUUUCACCUCCUCAAAGAAGCUUUUUCUGACCACCUCCCACUCCAUCUGCUAUCCCUUCCUCAUCUUUACCGGAUAGUUGGUUUGCUAUUAUU